UGAGUCACCCAGUGGCGUUGUAGAUCAGCCUUUUUAAAACUCAGUUUUGCUGGCUUCUAUCUGCACUAUUUACCUGUAUGUAGGCUACCAGAAGCAUAUUUUAGCCUGUUCCAAUCUUUGGUUCUGUUGACAGAGGAGCGAGACAAACACAGUCAAGACUACAAUCUGUUGGUAGCCUGCACAAGAAGGUUGAUGAUGGGUGGAAAGGCCUUCCUGGGUUGUUUCAUCCUGUUUAUGUCUCUGGCUUCAGUAUCCACUAUCAAACAAACACUUAUUUCAAUAAAUGACCUCAGGGGCAUAGAGUUUGGCCACACUUCUCCUCGACACGGCCUGAUGCUGCUCCACUGGCUAGCCAACAACAUUCACACUGACAACAACGGCAACAUGAGACUCAAUUUCAACCCAACUAGGGGAGACUGUGGCUUUCAUUUCUAUGGAAACGCUGACAGACCCCGCCCAUUACCUUGUCUGCCCUCUGAAAGUGGAAGUUACUACUCAUUAGGGAACAUUGAUAGAAAUUACAACUACAAUGGCGCCACGGCACUUCCUGAUUAUGUCACUCAAAGCUUCUACAACUCAUGGAUACCUGAGAGAAACAGGGACAGAGUCAUUAUCAGAGUUAGGGAGGAAGGAUCCAAUCAGUUCAUAGUAGAUGAGGUCUACAUCACACAGCAUUACCCACCAAAUGAAAACAGAGGAAGUGCCUAUGAUCCAGACAAUACAUACCCUGUCAGUUUCAGCCUCUUAACACAAAUCCAAGUUCUCCCAACCAUUACACGAGAUGUAAUUCAACGUAUACACAAUGUAGAGAUCAACGACAACAGUGUGGAGAACAUCUGGGGACACACACCAGGGCUGGCACUUCUUUUGGCAAUUGCAUUGUACUUGACACGUCCCAAGGUCUCAUUUAUUCAGCAAGUAUUGUUUACCAUGGAAAGCCAGCAUCGCAUGCAGGAGGAUGAAAAUAAAUCGAUAAAGCUUGAGGUGAAAACCACAAAUAGAGGAGAUGCAAGGAUCAUCUUCAGUGGUAUCCCCAGGAGGCUUUUGGACAAGGGUGUGAUUUGGGCGCUUCAUAAGAACAAUGACAGUGCGGACAUGCUAGACUUUUCCUCAGUCAUAGACGGUACCUCUGGGUGCUAUGACACCUCAGUACCCCUCAACCCUGGUCUCCAGGCCAGGCUUUAUCCACACAAAUCAAUGUGGUUUUUUGUAUUAUGCGGGAGUUACAACACAUCUGGGGAGGAAAUACAUAGGAGUCCUGAGUUUCAUGAUGCCAACAGAGAGAUUCCUGUUGAUAUAAGUGGCUAUAAGCCUAACGCUAGUCUGCAGCUCUUCGUAAAGGACGGAAAGGCCUGUGCUCGCCUGUAUGUUAGGAAGUCCUUCACUGACUGGAAGGAGAAGUUUAAAAACUCCUGGGUUGGGUUCUACUCUUCAGAAAAAAACAACACCAAUGAAUAUAAUACCUACCAAUGGCAAUGGGCUGUGAAGUUCUCUGAGGAAAGCCGCUCAGAUUGGAAAGAUAUACCUGAGUAUGACGUCUAUGUUUACAGGUCUAGUAUGCACAUGUCUCCUGGGGUCCAGGCCCGAUUCAUGCUGGAGAAAUAUGGGGGUGAAAAGGCACGCACUCCACCCUGGGAGGUACAUACAUCAGCAAUUUGAAGCACACAACUUUUUACCGGUCUGUGCUUUUGUCCAUUGUGUUUAGACGGGUUCUUACAUGCCCUUCCUCUGCUUAUUAUUGAUGGAUUAUUAUGUAUGGGACUCUGUAUCCUGUUUCAUAUUGAUUACAUAUGGCAUUGAUAUUUUCAUUGUUAUCUAAUUGUGUAAUUGUGUCACGUCCUGACCAGUAAAAGGGGUUGUUUGUUAUUGUAGUUUGGUCAGGGCGUGGCAGGGGGUGUUUGUUUUGUGUGUUUCGGGGUUUUUGGUGUAUGUUCUAUAUUUUCUAUUUCUAUGUGUUUAUCUGGUUUUUCUAUUUCUAUGUUGGGAUUUUGGAACGACUUUCAAUUAGAGGCAGCUGGUUGUCGUUGCCUCUAAUUGGAGACCAUAUUUAAGUGGGUUAAUUUUCUCUUGUGUUUGUGGGUGGUUGAUUCCUCUUUAGUCUGUGCACCUUACAGGACUGUUUUCGUUGUUUGUUUUGUUUAAGUGUUUUAUUUUCCUUCGAAUAAAAGAAGAUGUUCAAUAUACCGGCUACAGUUUGGUCCACUCCAUACGACGAAAGUUACAAAUUGCCUCCGUCCAUUUUUGUUUAUAAUUUCUGCACCCUGCUUGUCCUUUUUAUUGAUUGAUUUGAAUUGGUAAUCUGUGCAGAGUGUACAUUUAUUUAUUUUUUAAUCUGUCCUCAAUAAACUAUUGAGGAAAUUGAAGUGAAAACACAAAAAAAAGCUGUGAAAAUCAAGUAAUAUUGUGCCGUCUUGAGCACUUAGAAGAUGGUCUGAGUGCAAGGGUGAGAUAAUGCUAGCCGGUCACACUGAUUUUUGACUAAUGUCCAUAGCCAGUCAGUUUUCAUAUUAUUGUAAUGUAUUAUGAAGGAUGGAACCCUUUGUGAACUGUCAAAUAUACUGUACACAUACACGAACACACACACAG